CAAGCGCCCGAGGAUCGCAGUAGCGGGACCGUUGGUACGGAAACAACGGAGGAGUUUCUGCAUUUAAACAAUGUGAAUGAAUAGUUUGACUGAGCCGAUUGUUUAAUAAUCGGAUCCUCCACUCUACUGCAGUCUGUGGACACAGAGACGCAGCGUGUCGCCAUGUCGCAGAGAAAGAGGCUGUCCAACACACAGAGCUCCUCUCAGAGCAAGAGGCAAUCGGGCGCCUCAGUGGCUCAGGAGGAAAAUGACGACACAACCUUCACCCAGCCGAGUACGUCCCAGGUCCAAAGAGGGAUGCAGAAGCUCACACCUGCACAGGUCGACCAAAAGACAGCUGAGGUGGUGCAGUACUUCUUGGUGAAGGACCAAAAGAAGAUUCCGGUACGCCGAGCAGAUCUGGUGAAACACGUGGUGAAGGAGUACAGAACCAUUUACCCUGAGAUCAUGAAGAGAGCCUCACGCACUUUUGACCAGGUAUUUGGCCUUAAAAUGAUUGAAAUCGACGCCAAAAAUCACAUGUACAUACUGAUCAACAAGCUGGAGCCGGGUGAUGGAGCCUCACCGAUCAAAAGCCCGACCAAUCCAAAGAUGGGUCUGCUGUUCGUGAUCCUGAGUGUUAUCUUUAUGAAAGGAGGCGUUGUCAGAGAAAAUGUCUGGUUGUGUUUUUGUGCUGCAGACCUGAUCUGGAACACGCUCAAGAAGCUCCGCGUUGACCCCGGAGAGAAACACGAGGAGUUCGGAGACGUAAAGAAGGUCGUCACAGACGAGUUUGUGCGUCAAAGGUACCUGGAGUACGUGCGAAUCCCCCACACGGAGCCGGUGGAGCACGAGUUUCGAUGGGGUCAACGUGCUGACGUGGAAGUCUCAAAGACCAAAAUCCUGGAGUUCAUGGGUCAACUCCAUGAACAGGACCCUCAGAGCUGGAGCCAGCAGUACAGAGAAGCCCACUCCGUGUCCGGCUCCACGCAGCCCGGCAGCAGCAGCCACAGAUGAUCCUCCUUCUUUUACUUAUUUAUUUAGUGUGGAUGCUGGAAGAGAAGCUGCAGCACCGCCACCUUUUCUAUUUUAUAAAAUGUGAUCGUAGUGAACCAACAGACAAAUCUCUUUACUGCUUAUUCUGCACAUUUGUACGUUCAUACUUUACCUUUUUAGUCCGUUGAGUCUCAAAUUCUUGAUGUCUCUUAUUAAAAACAUUCAAUAUCACACACGAUUACUCAGGUAUCCAUUGUUUAUUUUAUUGCCAGGACUUUAAGAAGGUAGCGGCUCAGAAAAUAAAGAUCUGUGAGAACCGGUUCUACGUCAGCGAUGGGGAACCUUCAAAUAAACAAAUUAGACUUUUCGUUCAUUUCUCUCAUUGCUGUUGAACUCCAUCUAUGACAUCAGUGGUCACACAGCACAGGCUUUAGGACGUGUACACGAACAUAAAGACAAACAGGAAGCACGACUACAUACGCUUGCUACCACAACAACUGGAUGUGUGCUUUAAAAGGAGCUGUUCCCAUUGUCACAUUGUGUGGGAGGAAGUGAACGAGUUCACUUACAUGGUAAAUAUGUGCUGGUACCCCUUAAAGACCUAAAUAAAUAAAGGUCCCUGAGAUGA